GGCCGGCGGCGCUGACCCGGAUGUUCACUGCCGGGCGGCGGCGGAAGCGGACGGGCCGCGGCGUCGAAGCGACAGGGACGGACCGGGAGGCGCCGCCGAUCUACCGCCCCGCGCACCCGCCCAGCCGACAUGAGUGACCAGCAGCUGGAUUGUGCCUUGGAUUUGAUGAGGCGCCUGCCUCCACAGCAGAUAGAGAAGAAUCUCAGUGACCUCAUUGACUUGGUCCCCAGCCUGUGUGAAGAUCUCCUCUCCUCUGUGGACCAGCCCUUGAAGAUUGCACGAGACAAGGUGGUGGGGAAGGAUUAUCUAUUGUGUGACUACAACAGAGAUGGGGACUCCUACAGGUCACCGUGGAGCAACAAGUACGACCCUCCCCUGGAGGACGGUGCCAUGCCCUCGGCUCGCCUGCGAAAGCUGGAGGUGGAAGCCAACAAUGCCUUUGACCAGUACAGAGACUUGUAUUUUGAAGGUGGAGUCUCCUCUGUCUACCUCUGGGAUCUGGAUCAUGGCUUUGCUGGGGUGAUCCUCAUUAAGAAAGCUGGAGAUGGAUCAAAGAAGAUUAAGGGGUGCUGGGAUUCCAUCCACGUGGUGGAGGUUCAGGAGAAGUCCAGUGGCCGCACUGCCCAUUACAAGCUGACCUCCACAGUGAUGCUGUGGCUGCAGACCAACAAAACUGGCUCUGGUACCAUGAACCUGGGGGGGAGCCUCACCAGACAGAUGGAGAAGGAUGAGACUGUGAGUGACUCUUCCCCACACAUAGCCAACAUCGGGCGCUUGGUAGAGGACAUGGAAAACAAAAUCAGAAGUACACUGAAUGAGAUUUAUUUUGGAAAGACAAAGGACAUCGUUAAUGGGCUGAGAUCUAUCGAUGCUAUUCCUGACAACCAAAAGUAUAAGCAGUUGCAGAGGGAACUUUCUCAAGUGUUGACCCAGCGCCAGAUCUACAUCCAGCCUGAUAACUAAACCAAUCCAGGUCUGUGCAGACUUUUGCAGACAAAUCAAAACAAGAAGCUCUUAAAAACGACCUGGUGGAGGCUUUGAAGAGGAAGCAGCAAAGUUAAAGUCCUGUCAGUGCUAACCAGCCAUGCCAUGCACUCGUUAGAUUCCUUUCCUAGAGGAUCAUCCCCGCCCUUUUCUGUUGGUCACUUCACAAUUUGCAUCCAAUACUCUCCAUGCAGCGCCAUCCUCUCCCCAUGAAUAAAGCUGUACAAACUUU